UUAUUUAUCAAGUGAGUAAAACUCAAGACUUUGUCCAAAUCAAGGCAAAAAAGACUUGGACUUUUAAUACAAUUUUCCUUAAAGAAAUCCAAAACUGGUUAAAAACUUAAAAGUAAAUAAUGAAAUUAAUAAUUAAAUAAAUGAGAUUGAUUCUCUCAUCAAAGACCCAAACCGUCUGAAUCGGAUUUUCCCCUGCGUUUUCUGCCUUUUCUUCUUCUCUCCACAAUUCUUUUCUUUGACUAUUUACUCUCUCUCUCUAAUACUUUUCCUUCUAGGGUUCUUUUCUUCAUCAACUCCUCCUUCCUCCUCUCCAUAAAAUUCUCAACCUCUCUCAUCUAUUAUCUUCAAGCUCACUCAGCCACACAUACCCACAAUGGCGAACAUCACUUUCCCUUCUUCUUCUUCUUCUUCUUCUUCUCUGGAUAACCCAGUGGUGUCAGCCGCAUCUUCUUCUUCUGGAGCUCCUGAGGACGCCUUUGAAGACGGCUGCAGUAUAUGCCUGGAGCCUUUCACCACCGCCGACCCUGCCACUAUUACCAGUUGCAAACAUGAAUAUCAUCUUCAUUGUAUUCUUGAAUGGUCUCAAAGAAGUGAAGAGUGUCCUAUAUGUUGCCAGUUUGUUAUCUUAAAAGAUCCUGCCAGCCAAGGGCUUCUAGCUGCAGUG